GCUUGAUCAAUGGCUUUUAAAAACGUUAUAGCGCGAGCCCAGAAAACGGAAAACCAUGAUGGUCUAGUGACAUUUUUCAAUGUAUCAAAAAGCAAUGUGCGGUACCUUUAGUUUUUAUUACGCAACGCUAUUCAAAGUAUGAGAAUCAAGAGUUUGUGAAAAUGUAAGUCGAUUAAAUUUUCUCAAGGAUUUUAUCACAAGUUAAUGUCGUUUUCAUUUAGUUAGGAUGGAUGAAAUAAAUUAUUGACCACGGUAUUGUACAAUUUUAACAUGGUAUUUGUUUUCCGCUCGAUCGGAACGACUCGGAACAUAACAUGUUUCUCUCAGUUGUUGAGACUUCACAUUGCAACGUAUUCAAAGAAGGCUGCGGCAGCUGUAAAAACGUCGCCAUCGCUUCCAAAAGAACGCGAUAUAGCUGCUUCAAAAAGUGGACAACCUAAAGUAAUUUCUCCUCGAUUAACAUCGAUCCAUGAUAUAGAAAAGCCUUGUGUAGAUGAAAAUGAGUUUAUUGUACGAAAAGACGGGGGUGUCAGAAAGGAACCAGAAUGGAGGUAUAUGGAGCUAGAAUUGGACAAACUGAAAAAGCAUUGCCUCAUGCUGUCUAAGAUAAGGUUAACAUCACUGGUUGUUGUGACUACCAUGGCAGGAUAUAUAUUAGCCCCUGGAUCUUUCGACACUUAUACGUUUGUAGCAUGUUCUGUUGGAACUGGAUUGGUUUCGGCUACGGCAAAUGCCAUCAAUCAAUUUUUCGAAGUUCCCUUUGAUGCACAAAUGUCCAGAACCAAAAACAGAGUAUUAGUUAGAUGCCAUUUGACGCCGGCGCAUGCUGUAACAUUUGCAACAAUAUCCGGUAUUUGCGGAUUAUCUCUAUUAUAUAGCGAAGUUAACGGUCUGACCGCGGCAUUGGGAGCAACCAAUCUGGUUCUCUAUACUUUAAUUUAUACUCCUAUGAAACGUGUUAGUAUACUGAAUACCUGGAUAGGAUCAAUUGUUGGAGCAAUACCACCGCUAAUGGGUUGGACAGCUUGUGUCGGUGACAUAGCCUUACCCGGUGCCUGGAUCAUGUCUGGUAUGCUAUACGCGUGGCAGUUUCCCCAUUUCAACGCUCUGUCGUGGAACUUGCGGCCAGAUUACUCUCGAGCUGGUUACAGAAUGAUGGCCGUUACGGAUCCCAAAUUAUGUCGUAAAACAGCGUUACGUUAUACUGCUAUAUUAACGGUUCUUUGUUACUUGGCGCCCAUGUUUGACGUUACCAACUGGUGGUUUGCCGUGGAAUCGACACCUCUCAACGCCUGUUUCCUUUACUUCGCACGAAAUUUUUAUAAGCAUUCUGACAGUGGAAGUUCGCGAAAGCUGUUCCGCUUCUCGCUAAUUCAUUUGCCGACGCUUAUGAUUCUCCUACUCAUAAACAAAAAACACUGGUUCAGUGAAAACACACAAAAGGAUACUCUAAUCAACGAAGAAAAGAAGAACGAUUUGUACUCGUUGUUAACGAAGUUAAUCGGAACGACGACCUGGACCGUUUAAGACAAUAACACUAGUCGAAUUUGUAUCGUUGAUACUGACUUUAGAAACAUAAGUCUUUGUGGAACGAUCGUUUGAUGAUCGAUGAGGUGCAUCAAAAGUAUUUUGUAAAAUAGAAUAACGUGUAAAUAAAAAUAGUUAUUUGUUACAAGA